AUGAAUACGCAAUCGUCGAUCCUGUUUGUCGAUGCCUACGAUUCAUUUGCUGAGAAUAUCGUCGCCUUACUUCGGCAGCAACUCGACCUGGGGGUUAGUUUGAUCCGGAUCGACUGCGAUAUACCAGCGCGCUUUGGCCGAUCCCCCGAAGAUUUCUUUUCGAGCUUCGAUGCCAUAGUUCUUGGGCCUGGUCCCGGAAGCCCCCAGAAUGAAUCGGAUGUCGGUCUUUUCACUCAGGUCUGGAAGUACGCUGCAAAAGGUGACAUACCUGUCCUGGGGAUAUGUCUAGGAUUCCAAAGCCUAUGUGUUCAGUAUGGAGUGCCUGUGGUCCGUAUGGAGCUGCCUUGUCACGGACAUGCUAAGCAGGUGUUCCACUGCCAUCGGGACAUCUUUGCCGGAGCUGGAGACGUCGUUGCAACGAACUACAACAGUCUUGGAGUGCGGCUGACGGACUUCAAGCGGGAGUGCGGCUUCAGUCGGCCUGGCUCAUCUGGAUCAACCGAGAGUUUUGCAUCAUCACAAAGUGUCCAGUCUACAACCUCAACCUUCUCGAAGCCUGCUCAGGAGAGACCACGCCACCGGUUCGCCGAGGGCCUGGAAGUCCUAGCAUGGGACCAAGAUGACUGGGUCAUGGCGGUAAAACAUAAGCUAUUUCCAUUCUAUGGCAUUCAGUUCCACCCAGAAUCAUGCAAGUCAAAUUCCGAAUGUCGGAAUGUCCUCAACCAGUGGUGGCAGACUUCGAUCGCCCAUAACAAGACUGUGUCCCGGACACCGUCUCGCUAUCCCAUGCCUCGGCCGCACCUGGUGGCGCCGUCAAUCAAGACCAGAUCCCUCCGCAGUGAGUCUGAGUCGCUGCUAACGAAAAUGGCCCAGCUGGCAAGCUCGUCUGGCAGCCACAUGACGUCCGUGGUCGUACCAUGGGUCAGGAAAGCUGAUGACAUUGCCUCCUUGUGCCAUGAGAUGUCGCCCUCAGGAUCUGUUGUUAUGUUGGAAUCCACCAAAAGAGGGCGGUACAACAUAUAUGCGUUCCCUGAUUCCUCGAAUUUCCACAUCGAAUACGCCAAUGAGCAGUGUUCGGUCUUUCAGGGAGGUCAUCCUGCUGCCACGUUCUCACUCGACCGCGAGGAAGUCGUGCAAGCGAUUGAGACCUUCACCUGUAGCAAGCAGACAAAUGACGACGAGCACUCAGGCCCUUUCCAAGGUGGCUUCAUGGGUUACCUAUCUUAUGAGUUUGGAGCGACAUCCCUGGGCCUGGACGUCUCCCGGCGUCAGGGUUCGCAGCCGUGCACACCCGACAUUAGUCUCCUCUGGGUUGAUCGCAGCAUUGUCUUUGACCAUGUUUCUGGAAACGCAUUCGUGCAGUCGAUCAGGCAGAACGACGGCGUCUGGACGGAAGAGGUGGUACAAACGCUCAGGAAAAUCUGUCAAACCGAUGUGCGAUAUGCCGAGCCACCUAGGGACACGAGACUGCAGGAUAUUCUGUCCUCCGCUACUCCCACUAUGCCCGACCAUGACCAGUAUAUCUCCCAAAUCCGAGCCUGCCAUUCCGAGCUGCUGGCCGGCAAUUCGUACGAGCUGUGCCUGACGACCGAAGCAACAAUCAGAACACCUUGCGGGCCCGAAAAUUCGUGGCUGCUGUACAAGAACAUUCAGCGCCACAAUCCUGUUCCAUUUGCAGCGUACAUGCACCUGAAUAAGACAACCAUCCUGUCAUCCUCGCCGGAGCAGUUCCUGUCAUGGUCACGCGACGGCUCGAUUGACAUGAUCCCGAUGAAAGGCACAGUGAAGAAGACUCCGGAUAUGACGCUCGAGAAAGCCAGCAUCAUUCUGGCUUCUGCGAAAGAGAGCGCGGAGAAUUUGAUGAUUGCAGACCUCAUCCGCCAUGAUCUGUACAGCACGGUGGGCCGGGACGCGGUGGUCGAGGUUGUCAAGCUGUGCGAUGUCGUCGAGACAGAGACAGUUUUUACCCUCGUUUCGCAUAUCCGUGCCCACGUCCCGCUUGCCGAUCGGCAUGCCAACCAACUCAAGGAAGACAUGACCAAGUAUGGCAUUCAGGCUCUUAGCCACACGCUUCCACCAGGAAGCAUGACCGGUGCGCCGAAGAAGCGCUCCUGCGAGAUUCUUCACCAUCUCGAGCAGCGCGAUAGAGGCGUCUACUCUGGUGCCAUCGGCUACAUUAACGUCAAUGGGAACGGGGCGUGGUCCGUUUGCAUUCGGGCCGCGUUCUCCAACGAAGAUGACAACGGGGUCGCUUCAGACGACGUUGCGAACAAAGGCGACCAAGCGGCGCGAUGCAGACAGAAAUGGCGCAUCGGCGCCGGCGGAGCGAUCACGGUGCUCAGCGACCCAGAGCAGGAAUGGGAAGAGAUGAUGACCAAGCUGGACAGUGUUUUGCGAGGCUUCCGACCGAAUUAG